AUGGUAUUGUAUUUCUAUCAGUCUGUAAAGUUCCAAAACUCCAUUUGGAUUAGGCUGGGAAUUGGGCUUAGACCGAAAAUUCUGAUCAAGGACCGUAAGAAAACAACCGUCACCCUGGCACCUACGAAUAAGAAACCUACAGCCGGUUCCACUGCAAAACUCGGGACCGGCGCCAUCGGAAAACCUUCAUCACAAAUUGGAAAAACAUCAUCUCUCGCGAACAGCAGUAAGCAGACCAAUAUCUACAGCUCUGGAAAAAGUGCUAAACCAACAGGUGCCGAUAAGACCGCCAGCUUCUUUGGCGCUAGCCCCAACAACAGCUACUUUGGGUCUAGUGGAAAGAGCAAUAAAACAAACAGCGACACAUAUGGUAGUUAUUCUGUAGCCACCGGAAAGAGUAGUAACGUAUUCGGCACGAGCGCAAAAGCAAACAGUAUUUCGGAAUCAAGUGGAAAACAAGCAAGUAUAAUCGGAUCUUCUGAAAAAAGCUACAAUAAACCAGUGUCACCGGCAUACAGUGCUAAGACCGACUCCAGUUUGUCAUCAAAUGCUAAAAAUAGUAAUGUUCUGGGUACAACUGGAAAAUAUUCGAAUGCUGUUACACCAUCUCCCGUUAAAAAUGAAAGCAAACCAAUUUUUAGUAGUAAACCCGAAAAUAAUUCUCUGAAUGCAGCCAAAAGCAGUAAUGUGUUCGGUUCCAGUGGAAAAUAUUCUAAUACUCCAGCAAAAAAAGAUGGCAUGCUAUCUUCAACUGGUUUAGCUGCAAACAUAUUGCUGUCGAGUGGAACAAAUAGCAAUAAAUUGGGAUCUUCAGGAAAUUACUCGAAUGUUGGAUCCUCCACCAAAAAGGAUGGAAUGGCAACAUCUACUGGUAAAGCUGCCAAUGUGUUAUUCACGAGUGGGACAAGCAGCAACGUCAUAGGGAGUGGUGCAAAAUAUCAAUCAACUUUCGGAACCUCCAUGAAGAAUGACGUAAUAUCGAAACCGGCGCCUGGUAAAGCUGGAAGUAUGUUAAUGCCAAAUGAAAAACUUAGUAACGCAUCCAAAUAUAACCUCAAAGAGAAUAAGUCAGCAGCGUCAACGGGCAUGAAUUCAAACGUGCAUGAUCCCUUCAAAUUGUAUCCCUCCUUCAUAAAACCGAAGGAAAGCAAAUCCUCGACUAGGCUUGGUAUCUUAUGGCUCCCAUUAAGAAAACGUAAUAAGAAAAAGGAUAUGGUACAUCAUUCUCACAACUAUGAAAACUACAAUAGAGCACCAUCUAUGCAUAAUUUCAUGUCUGGUGAUUCUUCCGAAUACCAGUCAAAUAAAAAGAAGGAAGAAGAAUCAUUGCUAGUUCCGGAACGAGCGAAACUCACUUCAGUGGCUGUAAAUACUGGAAUCACUGCAGCUAGCAUUGAUAUGCCACCUGAUGGCUUAAAUUCUGCAAAUCCAGAAGAGAAACAAGAAUUCAUAAAACAUGACUCGGAAGAGAGCAAGGAAGCUGCUGGUGACACCAAUGAAGGCAGCAAGAUUGAUAAGGACUUUUUAGAAAAUAAUGAUAAUUUAGAAAAGAAACCACAAGAAAACAAGUGGAAUAAGGAAAAACAAGGUGAUCUAGUAGAUAGUGUGUACUUAAGGCCUCCUCCACCUCACAAAGCGAGAUCUGCGACAUCUACAAAUGAAGAUGAAGGUUGUGGUACCGCUCAAGGGUCAGUUCUUGGUCCUUUGCAUUAUUUAUCCUUUUUUUUGUUUUUUAACGGUGGGAAAUGCAUUACGCAUACCCCGUGCUUUGGGUUGCACGGGGUUAUGUCGACUCUCCGCGGCUUCUGGGAGCAGACAGAAUACCCCCCAGAAGAUGCCGUACCGCGGCCUACCGACUAAAACCCACCGAUCCUCACAUACGCCUUGACGCGAGCAUGUUCGUCACCGACGCAUCCUCAUCGUCUUCCGACGAGGACGAUGUCUUCCGACGAGGGACGCGUCGCUGCCGGACAAGG